AUGCACCCGGCCGUCUCCAUACUUGCCGAUAAUGUCGUCAAAUACCACCACCUGCUCGCCCCGCUGCUCUACACCGUCCUCGCGGCUGUCGCAAACGUACACACACCGGUCCAGCAUUCGCUGCUCAUAACGACGAUAUCCUGGCUGAUAGUAUGGGUGCCGACUGUCUUCUGGGUGGGAAUAUAUUCGAAUAGCGACAGCGCCAAGAGGAAGACGAGCUGGCUGGCUGGCGCACUGCUAGGCCUGUCUGUGAUAUGCGACCGCGCAGCAUGCGAUAAGCAGGGCAUCUGGGCGACCAAGGCCCUCAUUCCCUUCUUCACCGUCCUGUUCUCCGAGAACCAAUUGGUCGCAAAACACCUCGCCCUACCUACGUGGACCAUUCUCGAUGGCCCUGCAGCCGAGACCAAGACCUCCCCGGAGCGACAGCCUCACACCGAAUCAUACGGGAUAUUAGCAGUUGUCGUCGUCUCUGCGAGUGCUGUUCUAGGUGUCUACGCAGUUCCCACCACGGUCGCGCUCGGUGUCAGCAGUGCCAUCUUCGCGGCUACUGGCCUCGUCCUGUUCGAGUCCAUCAUACAAGCCGCGACAGAAGAGGGCGAGGGCGGCAAGCGAGGACUUGGGUCUGCGAACGGGAAUACCUUGCGGCGCGCCUCAGUGAGUGGUGCCUCGAGGCCGCAGCGACUGGCUGCGCUCAGAGACGUCGCAGUGGCCAUUGCAGUUGUAUGCGGGAUUGCGUCUAUCCUUACCGAGUCUUCCUUGACUGCAAGCACGAUAUCCUGGGAACCUGUAUACAGAGAGUAUGACCGGGAGUGGAGGGAUGUGCACAAUUUCCGCAUCUUGCAGCGCUUCCUGUGGAUGUUGCCGGUUCACACCACUGUAAAUGUUCUUGUUUUCGUUCUGGGUCAUCCGGCUGCGCAAUUGAUUGAAGCAGCCGAGGCAGACUUCCAAGGCACCCUUAACCGACAAUCCAAGUCUCUCGCUGAUGCGGUUCGAGAGUACCGACGCAGGAACGGGAUCUCGCCACCUCCGCACUUCGACAAAUGGUACGAGUUUGCGACGCGCAACGGUGUUGUGAUGAUAGACGAAUACGACAUGAUCAAUGAGAUGUUGCUACCGUUCUGGGCGCUCAAACCAUCAACGAUUCGGUCGCGCAUUGCGAAUGCGUUAGGUCAUGAAGAUAGCUCAAUGCUUGCAAUUGCGAUACGCCAUGGCGCCGUAGAGAACUUUCAAGGCGGCGAUGAAUGGCAACAACAGGCUACCAUUGGCAUGAUGAAGCAGUUUGUCCAGUAUCUGCCCGACAUGGAUCUGGGCUUCAACUUACAUGACGAACCGCGAGUCGUUGUGCCUGACAAUCUGUUGUCGUCGAUGGUGACAAAGGCGAGGGACGAAAUUCUACCGCGCACUGCGAAGAACACUGCACCUCGCAAUGCCUUCUCCGCUCGGCCAGAAGACUUGAGUGAUGGUACACGAUUUGCUGAAGUUAGCACGACCAAGUUCAAUCGCUUUGCGCAUCAACAGACAUGGACGCAUUCGCGGCUGUCAUGUUCUCCUGGCACUCAGGCCCAAACCUUCGAAGACUACGCUGCCGACAACUUCACCGCGUAUGCCGCCAGCGACCUUGGCUUCAUCUACAACACGACUGCCUUCUCCGAUAUCUGCAACUCACCCUCAUUCUCGUCAACAUUCGGGUUUUUCGAGCGACCCAAUGCCUUCAGUAUCAUCCAUGAGCUGACACCCGUCUUCUCGCAGUCGAAGAUCUCCAGCUUCCAGGACAUCCUAUACCCCAGUCCAUGGUACUGGAUGGGCAAAGUAGGCUAUGACGAGACGCACGACACGACCUGGGAGAACAAAACGAACAGUCUCUACUGGCGCGGCUCCACGACGGGAGGUUUCAGUCGCAACGGCGGCUGGCGACGUCAACACCGCCAGCACGUCGUCCAACGCCUCAACGCCCCCGACACUGCCAAAGUCCUCGAACCCGUCUCCAACCCCACCUCAACCUACGCCGUCACCUCCAUCGAGCGCAAAGCCCUCAAAGACUUGAUCGACGUCCACUUCUCGCACAUCGGCCAAUGCGACCCCGGCGACUGCGACGCCCAAAACGAAUUCUUCGACGUGACCGAACGCGUCGACGGCCAAGACGCAUGGUACUACAAGCACCUCCUCGACAUGGACGGCAACGCCUUCUCCGGCCGCUUCUACAGCUUCCUCAAGUCCCGCAGUCUGACCUACAAAAUGGCGUUAUUCCGUGAGUGGCACGCAGAGUGGCUCCGCCCUUGGGUUCACUAUAUCCCCUUAUCCCUCCGCGGCGACGAGCAUCUCGAUCUUGUACGGUGGUUCAGCGGUACCCAGGUUUUCGACGAUGACGGCGAUGGAGUUGUGGAGAAAGUCAAGGCGGAUGGAAGCAAGAAGGGCGGAAAUGGCGCGAGUGAGGGGGAGAAGAAGGCGAGGCUUAUUGCGAAGAGGAGUUCUGAGUGGCAUGAUAGGGUGCUGAGGAAUGUGGACUUUGAGGUUUGGUUCUUUAGGUUGCUGUUGGAGUAUGGGCGUGUGGUGGAUGAUAGGAGGGAGGAGAUUGGGUUUGCGGGGCCGUAA